CCGACCCUCCUCCUCCCGUUCCUCGUCUAUAUAACUGUCUUUCACUCCGGCCCUGACAUGCACUUUCACCACCUUAUCUCUCUCCCUCUUUCCUCUCUCGCUCGUCCACAGGAAAAAGCUCAAAGGAAGAAGGAAGAAGGAAGAAGGAGCCUUCUCCAAUGGCGGAAACGUCGCCACUGAAGCGCCAGAGAGAGGCGACCCCCGAUGAAGAAGAGGAGGAGAAGCGGCAGAAGUCGUACAAGGACAUUCUCUCCCUCCUCGAGGAAGAGGAAGACUUGCCGGGCCAGGACCUGUCAUCCCUCAUCACGAGCCUCCAGCAAGAGCUCGCCUCCGUCUCCUCCGACCCUUUGGCUGCCUCCGCCGAGGAAGCCGGCCCGGAAGCCACUUCUUCGUCUGCUUCGCCUGCGGGCGAAGGCGGAGGCGAAGGAGGAGACGAGAGGGAGAGGGUGAUGAGGCGCUUGCUCGAGGCCUCCGACGACGAGCUCGGCCUCCCCUAUCCCCCUGCCGACCUACUUGUGCCCCUAGCUCGAUCGAAGGUCAAGAGUGUGAUCUGGUGGAAAAACAUAAGUUGUCCAUAUCAAGUGAUACGUGAAAUGCUCAGCAGUAGCUUAAUGGUAGAGCUGAGGUUGAGGGUUCAAGUCCCUCCUUUUACUCCUGGCUUUGACACUUAG